CAGGAAGACCCGGCCGAGCUUCCGUGUUGCCCGGACGCCCGGCCGGCAUAUAAGGGCUGCCAGGGGAGGAGGCGCCAGACCUCACCACCUCCUCCCCAGCACCAGCCAGCCUCAGCCACCAUGUGCCACACCAGCUGCUCCUCAGGCUGCCAGCCGGCCUGCUGCCUGCCCAGCCCCUGCCAGGCGACCUGCUGCGUGCCCGUGAGCUGCAGGCCCACUGUGUGUGUGCCCGUGAGGUGCCAGGUGGCCUGCUGUGCGCCCGUGAGCUGCAGGCCCAUCGUGUGUGUGGCCCCCUCCUGCCAGUCCUCUGGGUGCCUUCCCAUGAGCUGCCGUCCUUCCGUGUGUGUGGCCCCCUGCUGCCAGUCCUCGGGGUGCUGCCAGCCCCCCUGCCCCACCCUCCUCUGCAGACCCGUCUCCUGUAGCACCCCCGCCUGCUGCUGACCACACGCCACAGACCAGCGGCUCCCAGGGCAGGCGGCCACCCCUGCACCCUGCCAGCACUGGGGACGGUGGAAAGCACGGCCAGUGGCCCCUCUGCACUGGGGGAGAGGGCGGGAGGACGGUGCUGAUGCCCCUGCCCUGCCUGUCCCCCGGGCAGUCCUGCUCCCAGGGGCCUUCUCUAAGCCCACGUGAGCUAAUAAACCAGCUUCCCGUUCACGGCUGUAGCUCUGUCCUUCCUCUGAGUUGGCCUGGCCAUCUAUCCUGGUGACCUCUCUUCACAUGGUUGAUGGGGAGCCCUGGGUGGGGAAACGGCCUGAGGCCCAGUGUCCAGGUGGCGCGGGUUGGGGACGAGCCUCUGGCCUGCGGCCUGCUUCCCAGCAGAGUUCCUUCCCGCCGCUGGGCGCGGCCUGGAGGCCUGAGGCCUGGCGCCUCCCCUCAGGGACGUCCUGGUUCCCCAGGUCGGCCCCGUCUGUCUGUGCCUCAGGUUCUCAGGGCUGGACCAGCUGCGAUUGGCCCCCCACCGCUGUCCACAUCCGGUUUGGGUUGAUCAAGGAACACUGUCACAGCAUAAGCAGGAGCGCGCCAGGUCCCAGCACAGAAACCAGACGCGCCAACAGCUCACCAGCAACGUCUCGGGGCACCAGGCGGCAGUUCUUACUCGUUAUUCUGUCCCCCAAAACUACAGCUGGGGGCUGGGGAGGUGGCUCAAGUGGUGGCGCGCUCGCCUGGCAUGCGUGGGGCGCUGGGUUCCAUCCUCAGCACCACGUAAAAAUAAGAUAAAGAUGUCAUGUCCACCUAAAACUGAAAAUAAAUUAAAAAAAGAACUACAGUGGACUCACGCUUCUCUGUUGGCCUGGAGUGUGAGCUUUUGAGUCGAGGGCCUUUGAGGACGUGGGUCUCUGGAGUAAGCUCUUCUCCGCAGGGUGCUGGAGCGAGUCCUCUGCUUUGUGGGUGAGCUUCCUCCCUCUUGCC